AUUUAACAGCAGGUAAGCCCAUAUCAUCGUCUUGGGAUUGGUAUUAUGUGAAGAACGAGGUAGCCUGCAUUAAGUUUUGUCAACAUGUUGGGCCAGUGUGUGACCAAGUGGUUUAUGAUGCAAGGACCCACGAAUGUAGAAUUUACAAAGCGGAUGUAGGCCUAAACCAAACUCAUCAAGAAGAAUAUUUCCCACAGAUGCUUGGAUUUAGUUUUACACAUUACAGAGACUGCACUGACAUCAAGCUGCUGAUGUAUCAAGCUCAGAGUGGCGUUUAUAUGAUUAAGCCAUGUGCAUAUUGUGAAAAGAGGGAAGUUUAUUGUGAUAUGGAUACCGACGAAGGUGGAUGGACGGUUUUUCAAAAUCGACGUGACGGUUCGGUUGAUUUUUAUCUUGAUUGGAAAAGUUAUAAAUUUGGUUUCGGUGAUAUGUGUGGCGAGUUCUGGUUGGGAAAUGAGUUUAUCUAUAAAAUGACGUCAUCUGCUACAUAUGAACUACGUAUUGAUAUCGGAGAUGCAGAAGGAUUUGCAGUGUAUUCUUAUUUUAGAAUUGGCUCGGAGGUGAAUAAGUAUGUAUUGGAUUUGGGGUCGUUUGUCGAUGGAAAUGUAGGUGAUGCUAUGAGAUACAGUAACGGGAAGUACUUCUCAACGAAAGAUAGAGACAAUGAUGGAUGUUUUAUCACGCCAACUUGUGCUGUUACGUUUAGUGGAGCUUGGUGGUUUGAUUGGUGUUUUUCUUGCCAUUUAAAUGGUAAGUUUGAUGCCGAAAUGGAAACAGCAAAAGGAAUCAUAUGGGAAGUUGAUCAAACGUAUCACAGAUACUACAGAGCAAGCAUGAAACUUCGAAGGACUAACGUGUAAUCGUCAGCCUAAUGAUACCUUGCAGGCAGGUACGGUCACCCCUUGGCUCUGUCCGAUACGGGGUAAAGCUUGGUUUAAGUUUGGUUCACACCUAAAGCAAUUAGGCGCGUUACAAAAAACUCGAUUAAAGCCACAUUACACUAGACACGAUUACGACACGACAACGACACCAUACAGAUGCGCGCAGUGUUGAAAAAUACAAACUACGUGAUGAUAUGUCGUUGUCGUGUCGUAAUCGUGUCUCGUUGUCACGCACUUGAUUUUUAUAUAUACUUCUGUAGCGCGUUGUUUGCCAGUGGCGAAACGCCCGUAAGCUCUCAGGGGAGGGAAGUCCAUGUCCUCCUUCAAAAAGAGCUUCUUCAGUGUUGGUCUAUUUUUACUGUUUGGAUGGUUAAUAAAACAACUGAUGGAGUCAUUCAAAGGGGGAUUCCAUCAAUAUGUAGCCCUAGCCUACACCAUGACGAUGCACUUUUAUUGUUGAUGAUGAUGAAUAAAUAAAUGAAAUGCACAAAAGAACAUUUAAGCAAUUAUAUGUGUGAAAAUAAAAGUUGAUUCUAAAUGGUUGAAUUGUUACAACAGUGUAUCAUUGUCUUUAGAAUGACAUGGAUAUCCCAUGUUUCGUCGUUUCGCCACUGUUGUUUACGUUUGCGUAAUGCCUGUAAGAAACGCAUAGAUGGAACACAUCACAUCAGAUCCGAACCUAAAUCGGACCCAGUCUCCUUACUCUGAAUUUUGUUUACACACAUCCGAUUUUCUGAUCGGUUCAGUAGUCUCACUUGACAGAGAGGAAAUAGUAAGCUCACAUAGUAUAGAUCAAUAUUUAUGAUUUCACGUGCAAGUAUUUUGUUUAGUCAAUAACCAUUUAGGAUCGAUGUUUAUUACUUGUUAUACUUAAAGCAACUUAAAAAUAUGGAGAUUAGUCCAUAAAAACAAUGAAAAAUAGUUGAUAGUUUUUAAUUAACAAACCGUAAUAUAAUAUAUAUUACCCGAAGUAAAGUACAGUGUCAAAUCAUGACAAAUCAACUUAGUCUCAGUAUUAAACCAGAUAAUUUGUAAUAAUUCUAAAUCAAGAAAAUUGUAUGUUCUUCAUUUUGUAUAAGUAAAUGGCAGGAAAAACAUUAAAAACACACUGGUAGAAAAAAUUAAGUGCAAUCUUAAUCUGGAAGAUUUUUUACUUUAUAUCAUAUGCCAUAAAUAAUCACUAUCGCAGAGAUCUAAAUAAUAAAUUCAUCAAUUGUAAUAACCACGGUAUUUGCGAUAGCACAAAACCAUUAUGGAAAUAGGCCUAUGAAUUAUUGGUAAGAUUUUAAAGUUACAUGAGAAUGCAAUUUUCGGCACCCAGAGGUCCAUAUUCUCAAAAUUCUCGCACCUCAGCCAAAAAAUGAGGUAGUGGACUCCCGGGGGGAGGGGGCGAUGUCCCCGACGAGGGGGGAAAUUUCCCCGACGACAGUGGGCGUGGUCGAACGUCGCUUUAAAUGCCUCGAAAGUGAUCUAGGGGUGAAGCCCCCGAAACUUUGACAAUUUAGGGGUUUCAAAUACCUGAAAUUGUUA